GGCAAAAAAUGUGGCUAAAAGUAUGCGUGGAGGCAGAGCGCGCACCGCGCCAAAAGCCACCGGCGGGGGCACGAUCAGGGUAGUCACUGGUAAUGAGGAUUAGACGGAAAUGCUGUUCUGGCAUAUCAAGUGGCGAGUUGAACGGAUGAACUCAGGGCCAGAUCCUUCAGUACUAUUCAUCUUUUGUUUGGCACCACACCGUUUUCAUUGGAAGUCCCUAUGUAUAAUUAUCUAGUUAAUACCAUGGAUGGGCUAUGGGCAUGGCGUAUUGUUUUUCAGGUCAAUUUUAUUGCAAUGAAGAUGGCUUUAUUCACGACUGCUCCAUUUAAUAGACGUCUUUCAUGCAGUCCAAGAAGACUCUACAGAUCUUCCCGGGAGAUGCAACUGAGUACUCACCUUCAAGGCAUUGAAGCCCGGUACGCAAUGUGUCGUCCCCACCGACUGACUGCCUUACUCCUCUCUCAACGCAAGAACAUAAUUUGAGUAUCGUGAGGGAGUAG